AUGCGCGAUGCGGGCGGCAGAGGCCAAGUUAUUCGGCUCGUGAAAGAAAAUCGGGCGGGUCAGGCCCAGGGUGUAGUGCAGGCCGCCAUGGAGGAGAUGGGUCGAGCAAGACUCUGCGCGUGCGUGUGCGUAUGCGUGCGUGUGUUUGGAGGCGGCCGGUGCGCGCAGCAGUUACUUACUGUCGAGUGCGAGCACGACUCCCAGCCAUGCAUCUUGGCCGUGUGGGCCAAUUGCGGAGGGCGAUGUGGGUAUUGGAUGAUGCUGGCAAGCUUCCAUCCCAUCUGUUGCGCUACACCGCCAGUCCCCUCGACAUGGUCUAGUACACCCGCCCCCCUCCAAGACCUCACCCAAUCCAACCACCCCGCCAACAUCCUUCGCCGACCGCGGCACAAGCUGCACGUCUGCCACGCGUGCAUGCCGCGCGCCCGUCUGGCUGCUAUGGCUGGCCCCGUGUUACCGCCACUCUACACCAGGUGUACAUCGACAACGCACUGCCGGCCGGACGCUGCAUAUGUAGAGCAAUGUCUUCCCGCCCCUCGCUCGCACUCGGCCCAGCAUGACGACUUCUUGGCUCCGUUUGGUGGGGCGGCAACCGCACACUAG